UUAAUGGAUCCCACUUUGCGUAAGUAGCUGGUUGUCAAGUGUAGCUCAACGCCCUCUCCAACUUCAAGAAUUUCCCAACCCAAGAUUUCAACCUUUAUAAUUUAUAUAUAUAAACACACUAACACAACGCAUUGGCUACGAUUUUUUGUUUUAUUUGAAUAUAUUUGCAAUUAGAUUUGGCUGUCUAUUAAACGUCUUGCUUUUCUCUUCAGUCUUCACCUUGUUAUCAUCGCCUUGGCUUUGGCCUUCAACCAUGCAAGCUCUUCAACCUUCUUCUCUUCGACCUUCCUCUCUAAAACCUCUUAAAAACCCCAAACCCAAUCCCCAUUUUCCCAAUGUAUCAACACUCCCUCCCAGGCCUGCCAAGAAAUUCUCUUCCAUUACCGCUUCAUCCCCCACUGUUUCAGCUCCCAAGCGCGAGAAGGACCCCAAGAAACGGGUCGUUAUUACGGGAAUGGGGUUGGUUUCCGUUUUUGGGAACGAUGUGGAUGCUUACUAUGAAAAGCUGCUGGCUGGAGAGAGCGGGAUCGGAAUCAUCGACCGCUUCGAUGCUUCCAAGUUUCCUACUCGGUUCGCCGGUCAGAUCCGGGGGUUCACUUCUGAAAGUUACAUUGAUGGAAAGAACGAUAGGAGGCUUGACGAUUGCUUGAGGUACUGCAUUGUUGCAGGCAAGAAGGCGUUGGAAGAUGCUGAUCUCGGCGCCGAUAACUUAUCCAAGAUUGAUAAGGAGCGAACUGGAGUGCUUGUUGGAACUGGUAUGGGUGGCCUUACGGUGUUCUCUGAUGGCGUUCAAAAUUUGAUAGAGAAAGGUUAUAGAAAAAUAACACCAUUCUUCAUUCCUUAUUCUAUAACAAACAUGUCAUCUGCCUUGCUUGCAAUUGAACUUGGUUUUAUGGGUCCCAAUUAUUCAAUUUCAACUGCUUGUGCUACCUCCAAUUAUUGCUUUUAUGCUGCUGCUAAUCACAUCCGUCGAGGUGAGGCUGAAUUGAUGAUUGCUGGUGGAACUGAGGCUGCAAUCAUUCCUAUUGGGCUGGGAGGUUUUGUUGCCUGUAGGGCAUUGUCUCAAAGAAAUGAUGAUCCUCGAACUGCUUCAAGACCAUGGGACAAAGAUCGAGAUGGCUUUGUAAUGGGUGAAGGUGCUGGUGUUUUGGUAAUGGAAAGCUUGGAACAUGCAAUGAAAAGAGGUGCACCAAUUAUUGCUGAGUAUUUGGGUGGAGCUGUUAAUUGUGAUGCUCAUCACAUGACUGAUCCAAGAGCUGAUGGUUUUGGGGUGUCUUCAUGCAUUGAGAGAAGUCUUGAAGAUGCUGGUGUGUCCCCUGAGGAGGUUAACUACAUCAAUGCACAUGCAACUUCUACUCUUGCUGGUGACCUAGCUGAGAUCAAUGCUAUUAAAAAGGUAUUCAAGAAUACAUCAGACAUCAAAAUCAAUGCAACAAAGUCCAUGAUAGGGCAUUGUCUGGGCGCAUCGGGUGGUUUAGAAGCCAUUGCCACAGUGAAGGCCAUCACAACAGGAUGGCUGCAUCCCUCCAUAAAUCAAUUUAAUCCAGAGCCUUCAGUUGAGUUUGACACUGUGGCCAACCAGAAGAAACAGCACGAAGUUAAUGUUGCAAUUUCGAAUUCAUUCGGAUUUGGUGGACACAACUCAGUGGUUGCCUUUUCGGCCUUCAAGCCUUGAAAGUCUUUGUCAUUUAGUUUUGCAUUGGUUAGGGAAGAUAGAGAGAGAGGUAGGCGUUGGCUUGCUUCAAUAAUUGAGCCAAAAAUGUAACAGUUAGUGUUGUAAUAAUAAGUUUUAAGUCAAAUGGAAGCGCUUAGGAGUCAUUUCCCCCAUCCCCCUCUUUAAACUACUCUUAAUGUUAUGCUGUAAAUUCUGUUUAGUGAUUGAGAAGACUGGACUAUUUAAAUCAAAAUAUCAUAUCAAUGAUGUUCGGUUC